CUGAUAUAGUCUUCAAUGAACGCGAUUGGUAUUCCUGAAUGUGUAUGCCGUUCAUUAUCAAAAUUAAAAUUAUAUUUAUGGCAUACUUGUUUUAAUUAAUGAUGGGUCUUUGUUUUGCAUUAUAUAUGUGUCAUGAAGCAUGCAGUUGCACCUAAUUAUAAUACUAUGGAUGAUUCUGUAUAAAAAUGUCGAGAUACCGCUGCACUUCGAUUGUUACAAGUGGACACCAGACAAGAUGGAGAAGCACGUACCAGUAAUCCUUGCUGCCUCCUUGUGUUUGUGUUUAGUGUACACUGUUGUCAUCCCAGAAUGCGUCAUGGAUUGUUUGUCAGAAUCGCUGCCUUGUGAACGCGAGUGCCGAGAGGACUAUCCGAACAACCCAAGAGAAAUGAAUCUCUGUGCCCUCGGAUGUGAGACGGAGAGGGCAAUAUGCAUGGCGGUGUCCGAUGACCCUGCCUGUAAUAAUAAAACUGCCAUUAACCAGCUUCCCCUGCCAUUUAAAACAAUUUUUUCAUGAUGUAGCUUAGUAUUGCUGGUGGCUAAUCUUUUUGGCCCAGUGAUAUUGUUAUUAGCGUCCAUUUAUUAUGUAGUUGUUAGUCAAAGAUAAAACUCUAUGUAUUCAUAAUGUAUUAAAAUCGUUGUUGUAUGAUUAUGGCAAUGCCAAAAAAUAAAAAUAACAAAAUAGA